AACAGUACAGAAAGAAAUAAAGCUGAAUAGGAACUGAAACACAAAUAUUCAAUUCCAUGUAGAGAGAGAGAGAGAUCUAGAGAGAGAGUAAUAAAUGGGUGUAAAUGCAAGAAAAGCCUAACCCAUCUAUUCAUCCCAAAAAACAACAAAAGAGAAAAGGAAACAAAAAAAUUCUGCAAAUUCUCACACAAGAACAACGCAAGGGAAUUUCUUGAAAAACAGCCAUUGUCGUCUCUCUCCCACAGCCACAUACACACAGAUAUAGUGAGAGAAAGACAAAUUUCAGAUAAUCAAGAACCAGAGAAUUUCUCUCUCUGCAAUUUUUUAAGGUGCUUCGAUAGUCUAGUCAAGAAGAAUCAAUCUCCUGCGUAUUAGGAACUAACCAAAAGAUGAAAGGUAUACCAAUGCCGAUUUCGAGUCCAAACAGAGCAGAGAAUUUCCCGCCGCCAUUACUGAGAUUCUCGAGGACCAACACAGCCAGUAGAAGCAGAGGAAGAUCACGUUCCAGCCCUAUGUUCUACAUCCGCACCAAAAGAAGCGCUGCCGAAACGGCUCAGGAACCGUCUUCCCCGAAGGUCACUUGCUUCGGCCAGGUCAGAACCGCCAAAUCCAACGCCAAAACCACCUCCGGCAACCGCCGCCGCAGCUGGCUGUUUAGGAGGACCACCGGAAAUCUCUCCCUAGGGUUCCGGCGCCAGAAAGGGAUUUUCCGGCGAAUAUUCUGCAACUGCGGAUUAUUUUCGAAAUCGAGCUACUGCACGGAAAUCGACACAACGAAGAAUUCAAUUUCGACCUAUUCCGAUCAGAAGAACAAUUCAUUACCGCAAAAUCCGCGCCUUCCGCAGUCAGAAACCAAAACCGAUUCGAUUUCCGUACCGACAAAUGCCCUAAUUUUGACGAGGUGCAGAUCCGCUCCGUACAGAUCUUCAUCCCUGGCCGGCAGAAUUUGGGGCUCUCCAUUCCGCGACGCCGAAACUGCAACUAAUGCGAAACCAGAGGGCUCGAAAAUGCCUGUUGAAUCAAAAACUAGGGUUAGCCAUGAAAAUACAAACGAAAUGCGGAAUUCAACGAGUAAUUGCGUCGACGAAUCGAAGGGAAUCACCGUUGAUGCAAUCCACCCAUUGCUGCUGACAAGAUGUAAAUCGGAGCCGGCAAAAACAGGGGAAAGGCUGAAUCCAGAGACCAGUUUUUGGCGGCAGAGAAGAUUCGGCAGCACAGUGGAGCAGAGCCUUCUUUGUUCUUUGCAUAGUUCCAAAUAUUAACUUACGCAUGCACAUGGGACUGACUGUUGACAGCAUAAAUAAUACUCCUCCCCCCGUCCCUAAACAAUAGUAUGGUUAUAUUCGGUACGAGAUUUAAGGAAUAUUGAUAUUAUAUUAACAGUGAGUAAAAAAUAUAGAUAAAAAAUAUUUUUGUCUUUGUGAGUGUAUUAGUGUAAAAUAUAGUGGCAAUUGUGUAAUAAUAAUGAAAGGGUGUGUUUGUUUGAA